GCUCGCAUACGACCACGACCCCAAAGACCGCCGGCAGCGCAACCUUAUAUAAGCAUCGGACGAGCGCUAGGGUUUUACCCUCUCUUCUUUCCGCCCUACUUGCGCCUGCGCAGCCGCCUCCAUCGUUGUAGCAGAAGCAGCGAUCCCCCGUCGCCAACACCCCAAGAAAGCAUGGAUACCCAGGUCAAGCUCGCAGUCGUGGUGAAGGUGAUGGGCCGGACCGGCUCCAGGGGUCAGGUGACCCAGGUCAGGGUGAAGUUCCUGGAUGACCAGAACCGUCUCAUCAUGAGGAACGUCAAGGGCCCUGUUCGUGAGGGCGACAUCCUCACCCUGCUCGAGUCCGAGCGGGAGGCCAGGAGGCUGCGCUGAGCGGCUGCUUUUCCUGUCUUCGGAAGUAAACUCUACUGCAUUUGAAUCAACUUCUUGAACGCUGGCUUUGUCUUUUGCCUAGGCUAUGGAAAUGUAAGCAGUACUUAAUAGGUUGAAGUUUUCUUCUCUUGCCUGAAUUAAAGUGCACUUGAUGUUGUGAGACUUGAUCAUCCGUGCGCACCUCUGGGUUAUUUGAAUUGAUUAGAUGAAUGAUAUGUUGUAUCCUAUGAUUUGAGUGCUGGUGUAAACCUGAAUUGCUUCUAGUAAAAUUAUGAUUACCUGUGGUGA